UACCGCAAAGCACCAUAAUCGUACGGCUACGUGUCCUCUCCCACACCUUGAAAUACCGAAACGCACCCGUCUCGCCAAACUUUUCUCUCUCCGAUAUUUGUUUUCUGUUUUUGUUUUUCUUCAACGGCCGACCGGUGCUAAGGUACCAAGCAGAGGCGUUUCCCUCCUCUUUUCUCUCGUUUUCUUGGAUCUCACUCUUCCUCUUCCCCUUCCUCCCGAUCGAUCUGGGUUUGCUUCUCGACUUUGGUGGUAAUUUUCAAUGGCUGCUCCACCUGCUAGAGCUCGGGCUGAUUAUGAUUACCUCAUAAAGCUCCUCCUGAUUGGCGACAGCGGUGUGGGUAAGAGUUGCCUUCUUUUGCGUUUCUCGGAUGGAUCGUUUACUACCAGUUUUAUUACAACAAUUGGAAUUGAUUUUAAGAUAAGGACAAUAGAGCUUGAUGGCAAACGGAUUAAACUUCAAAUUUGGGAUACUGCUGGUCAAGAGCGUUUUCGAACGAUUACAACUGCUUACUAUCGCGGAGCCAUGGGUAUUUUGCUAGUUUAUGAUGUCACUGAUGAGUCAUCUUUUAACAACAUUAGGAAUUGGAUUCGUAACAUUGAACAGCAUGCUUCUGACAAUGUGAACAAGAUACUGAUUGGUAACAAGGCUGACAUGGAUGAAAGCAAAAGGGCUGUUCCUACCUCAAAGGGCCAAGCUCUCGCUGAUGAAUAUGGCAUCAAGUUCUUUGAGACGAGUGCAAAGACAAAUUUGAACGUGGAAGAGGUUUUCUUUUCAAUAGCUAGGGAUAUUAAGCAAAGAUUGGCUGAUACUGACUCAAGGGCUGAGCCACAGACAAUUAAGAUUAACCAACCAGACGCCUCAGCAGGGGCUGCUCAGGCUGCCCAAAAAUCAGCUUGCUGUGGAUCUUAAACGUAUCGUGUUCAAAUGGGGAUCACAAGUAUACAUUUAAGACAACCAAUUUGGUGGGAAAAACUUAAUUUUGCUAUGACUGUCUUUGGUGCCUGUAUUGCUCUAUUUAUUUCAUGAUCACUGAGUUGGGCGUGAAUGGUAGAUCCAUGACUUUCCCGAAAUCAAUUAUAUAAUAGUUCAUUUAUCAUUA